AUGAAGAAUAAUAGUAAUAACAACAAUAUUUAUCAUCACCAGAAGGAUGUUAAACCAAGCAUAAUGACCUCCGUUUCUGAAACAUCAACAAUAACCACCACCAUCAUCAACAACACAAACAUGUCGUCGUCAGCCACAACCUCUCCGACAUCCACCAUGAUGGGAGAGUCUUCAUUGUGCUCAUUGUCGUCGUCAUGUUCUUCUCCUCCUCUUGCAACUGUGGAGUCUCAUGAUCACUGCUGCUACAAGUGGAGAGAAAGACUGUUUCCUCAUCAUUUCAUACAAAAGAUUUCUCAUUCGAACAACUUCAAGCGCAAUGAAAUGACACUCAACUCUUUGGAAGAGAGAAUGAAUGAAGAGAUGGAGGUCCCAUCCACGACAUCAUCCUCUUCCUCCUCCUUCUCGUCAAAAACAACAUUAGAAACUGAAUUACUCGAUUUCUUGAUGCAAGAGCUUUCUUCAAUGAAUGAGGAUGAACUUUCAAGCGUGACCGUACCCGAUGUGGUAGAAUAUUUAACAAAUCAUUUAAAAUACUCCUCUAAAUUCCAACAAUGUUCACUUGUGCAUUUGGCUGCUCGUCACAAUAGAGUGGAAUUAUUGCAGUGGAUGAAGAGAUGUUGCUGUGAUAAAAAGUGUGUUUUUAAACCAAUUCAAAAAAUAAGUAUUUCAGCUAAUUCCAAUGGAGACAAGAAAGAAGCGCCCUCUUUGUCGCCAAUGUUCGAAUUUUCAAGCAAUCCAUUUAAGAGAUUCAGUCGAAACUUUGGAAGAAAUUUUAACAUUGCAACUCAACAUGUAGAAUAUGAUGAACAUCAAAAUUCUCAACAUUCAAAAGCAUGUUUGGCUAAACAACACCAACUUUGGUCUGUGAAAGAUCAAAAUUUGGCAACACCUUUGUUUUAUGCAUGUUAUGAUUACUCAUCCAUUGAGGCUGCAGCAUUUCUAUUGAGUCAACCAACAGUAUCUUCAAAACAAUUGAAUCAUCAUCAUGACCACCAUGGUAACCUUCCAAUUACGAUUGGAUUCAGAAACAAGAAUUUUAAACUUUGUGACUUACUUGUAUUAUUUGGAGCUAGGAUUGAUGUCACAUCAGGAUUAUUGGGAGAAUCCUUACUACAUCGAGUGUGUAGAGAUGGUGGUGAUAUUGAGUCUGUGAAAUAUCUGGCUCAACAUUCACCAAAAAUUAUUUUAAAGAGAAAUCAAAGAGAUGAAAAUGCUUUAUUUGCAUGUAUAGCAGAUUUGAGGACAAAAGCUCAUUCCUCGUCUCCUACAGGCUUAUUUCUAAGUGGACAUCCGUCGACGGAUUCACGUCUUUUAGCUCGCAAAAGUACCCUAUUGGUAUCAGACACUUCUUCAUGUCAUUUACUGCAUCAUAUUCUUGAUCAAGGUUUGGAACUCUUUGGAAAAGAAAUAUUUGAAAAAGCUGUCCAAAUGAAAAACUCAUUUGGUCACAAUAUAUUGAUGAAGAGCAUUGUCUAUAACGAUAUUGAAGCGAUGAAAGUUAUUUGUUUGGAUAUUUCAAACUAUUGUCAAUUAUCGCCGAAUCGUCUCCGAGGAAUUGAUUUAAAUAUGGAAAACUCUUCUCCUCAUGUCGAUCUGUCAACAGAAGGCUCACCUCGAAAACGAAGCUAUUCCUCACCUAAAUUAAGAAGGCACUCUAGGACGAAAUCCCAAGACAAAAAAGAACAAGCUUUACAACACAUCCUCAAGUCCAUUGUUUUUGAUAGAGAUAAACAAGGAAAAACAAUAUUGAUACACUUUGUAGAAUUAGGAAUCAAUAUUGAUCAAGACAGCUCAACACAGGAAGAAUUAGAAGCUUGGUUUGAUGGUUUUCAAUGGCUUUUAAUGUGGCUUUACCAAAAUUUCAGCCUCAAUCUCAAUAACAAAACAAAAGGUGUUUGGUCACCUGAUUGUGGUUUGUCUGGAUUCUUUGAAGCUCGUGACCACCAAGGCAUCAGUGCUUAUGGACUCCUUGUGGGACAACAACCUGAAAAGGAACACAAUUUUAUUGAGGAAGGUCCAAAAACCGAGGAUGAACCAUCUCUCUUUUGGCCUCGAGUCUUGGAAUGUACUCACAGCACCAUUGCUAAAUGGGCAGAAACAGAAAAAGAAAUUUUAUACAAUUCAAUCCUUCCAACCUCUGCAACUUCCGUCAACGACUUUCACCAACCAAAGCCCUUGUCACAAAAGAGUAAGAGUUUCAGAUACACCGAAGCAGCCUAUGACAUGUCGGAGAAUCGAAGUCGAUUUCCAUUCACCUCUCAAUCUGAUUCGACAGGUUCAAGCAAUGACAGCAAAUAA